AUGGCCGAUCCAAUUGGGUCUAUCGUCGGCUUGAGAGUCGUUCAACUGGAUCAUGGAUUGGGUUAUAUCCCCGUUGAGCCGCACAUCAACUAUUUAAUAAAUCAGCAAUUUGGGAGGGCCGCUGCAAUAUACCCUGUUAAUAACAUUCAAUCGUUGGGUCGUCCGGCUGAUCGACAGGAUAAUGGACACCAGGCGGCAUCUCUUGCAAAUGUAAACAUAUCGGAUCCUCAUCAAGUCCAACCGCAACGACAUGCGAUGGAUCAGCCCCUCAGCUCGCAAGACGUACACAAAAUGGAGUUGAUGAAGCAGAUCGAAGACAAUAAGAGGAGACGCGAAAUGGAACGACAGAAAGAACUUGAUAUUGAAAGAAAGGAGAUGAGAAGACUCGAAGAAUAUAAUGCCAAAAUCCGUCGCGAAGAGGAAGAAGAACGAAAACGUGAAAAGGAUCGAGCUCUCGCCAUGGAAAGAAGGGCAGCCGCUAUAGCGAACAAAACCCUCCUCGUGGGCGCAGGGCUUCCUUGUAGCCCUAGAGAUGAGGAAAGAGAAGACGAACAACCACAAAGAGCUGAAUGGUGGGAACGAAAGCCAAACUACGAAGACUCAAGGAAGUCGGCCGCGAUUCCGACGAUGAGAAAUGGGGUGAAUAUACGACCAGAAACACGUGGACGUCAUUCUUAUAGUCCGGCCGAGUCCGUGCGGCAACAUCAGAGCAGGGAUCAGGGCCGUGAGCCAAUUGAAGGCUCACGAGCUCCUUCAGCAAGACCAAGACGUUCAUCGAUUCCGCCUAGGGCUCCGCAUCCAGAUGACGAACGGCCGAUAAAGCCCGCAAAACAGAGUUGUAAGAUU